AUGUCAACGCUAAAUAUCGUUACCGCAGCGGCAAUCCCAAUUGCGUAUCUUGCCAGUCGCAAGGCCAAGAAUCAACCAUGGUUGCAACAGGCAACAGUCGUCGGGUUGUGGGCUGCCUAUUUAAGCAGUAUCCAACGUGACGAGGAGGCCUUCUACUUGAACGACAAGAUGAUUGAAAGCGUCUUGACUUUUAUCAUGCCACUCAAAUUGACUCAGCUUAUUUUGUACGACAAUCGCCAAGAAGAAAUUGAGAGUCAUGAACAAGAUCAACAGCCUUGGUGGAAAGACUUUCUCAGCUUUGUCGGUUCCUUCUUCUACUACGCCCUGCCCAUUUCCAAAUCCAAACUCAAGGAACCACCCACCUUCCCGAGCCUGCUACUGCGAAAUGCUGAAUAUCUCUUGGGAAUCUGCAUCAAACUCAUGGCUCUGCCCAUCCUCGAGGCCUCCUCUCGCAAGCUCAUGGCCGAAAACCCGGAGGCGCAUCUACUACCAAAUAAUGGGGUCUAUUGGCUGCUGUUGGCUCAUUUUUGCGUGUCGGCUGCCAUGGGAACUUGGAUGCUGGACGCACAGGCCAUUGUCGUCAAUCUAGUGACGCUCGGUCGCUACGAAAUGCUACCCAUGAACAAUUAUCCGCUCCAAUCCAGAUCGACGGCCAGCUUGGCGGCAUUUGCAGUCAGUGGAAUUCUGCAUUCCUGGGUGGCCUAUUUCAUGUUUGGACGGGGCCUCAUUCGGGCAUGUGUGUACUUUGUGAUUCAAAAUCCGUGGAUUACCUUCGAACGAUCCGACACGUACAAGAACUUGCCUCGGUUUGUCGGUGGAUUCCUGUCGUUGCUCUUUUUCAUUGGGACCAUGCCCAUCUAUGGGGGUCUCUUUGUGGAAGGGUAUCCCACCAUGUUUGAGAAAAAUGAUGAAUCCGUUCCCCGAGACCUGCCGUUUCUGUCCAAUGUCUCGCAGUGGUGCUUGGAAAAUCUCCUUCACGUGCAACCCGAGUAUUGGUACAAAUCGUAG